AUGGCUGACGUUAUUGCUAAGAAUGCCCAUUUGGCAUCCACAGUGUUGAAAACUUUGACUGACAAUGAGAGGUCUGAUGCCUUGGUAAAGGUUGAGCGUGCCUUGAAACUGAACAAGGAUCGAAUCUUGGAGGCCAACUUGGUGGACAUGGAGACAGCAAAGAAGAAUAAUCUAAGUGACUCGUUGAUUAAAAGAUUGGAUUUAUCCAAGAACGACAAGUUUGAUUCCAUGUGCCAGGGUGUGUUGGAUGUUGCCCAACUGGAAGACCCUUUAAACAAGAUCACUUUAGCCACAAAGAUUGAUGACGGACUGAAUUUGUAUCGAUUAACUUGCCCUGUUGGAGUGUUGUUGAUCAUAUUCGAAAGUCGUCCAGAAGUUAUUGCCAAUAUCACUGCUUUGGCAAUCAAAUCUGGUAAUGCUGCCAUUCUGAAAGGUGGUAAGGAGAGUUUCAACACUUUCAAGGCAUUGUCUGACGUAAUCAAUGAGACUCUGACUAAAGAGACGAAAGUACCAGAGAACUCCAUUCAACUUAUUUCCACCAGAAGCGAUGUCAGUGACUUGUUGAGUCAGGACAAGUACAUCGAUCUGGUGAUUCCCAGAGGCUCCAACGCAUUAGUUCGUAACAUCAAGGACAAUACCAAGAUUCCUGUCUUGGGACAUGCUGAUGGAAUUUGCUCUAUCUACGUGGAUGAGUUUGCCCAACUUGAUAAAGCUACCAAGAUUCUUAUCGACUCUAAGACCAACUAUCCAGCUGGUUGUAAUGCUGUGGAGAAAUGCCUCAUCGACGAGACUUUAGUAAAGUCGAACUUAGACGAUAAGGUUGUUCCUCUAUUGAAAAGUUUGAUAGAAGCUGGUAUCACUCUCCACAUCGAUCCUGAACUGCUUAAAUUGUUACCUCAAGAGAUUUCUGCUAACGAAAAGACUGUUGCAGCAACGGAAGACGACUUUUCCAGAGAGUUCCUGUCCUUUGACCUUGCCGUCAAGGCCGUUAAGAAUGUUCAAGAGGCUAUUCUCCACAUAAAUGAGCAUUCUUCAAAACAUACGGACUGUAUCAUAACCGAGAACAAAGAAAAUGCCGAUAGAUUCCUACAAGGUAUCGACUCCUCAGGAGUUUACUGGAAUUGUUCUACCAGAUUUGCUGAUGGUUUCCGUUAUGGAUUUGGUGCUGAAGUUGGUAUCUCCACCAACAAAAUUCAUUCUCGUGGACCUGUGGGACUAGAGGGAUUAGUUUGCUACUACUACCAAAUGCGUGGAGAUGGCCACAUUGCUGGCGAUUACGCUGGUGCCGGAGGGGUUCGGGUUUUCAAGCAUGAGAAAAUCGACCCCAAUUCAGUAGUGUUGAACUAA